AUGGAGGGUGUGAAGAGGAAAGGAGACGGAGAACGAGAGGAGUUCUUAGGUCCAGAAUUCUGAAGAGUCAGGUUUAGUUGUGGCAGUGCUGCAUGCAGAUCUGCAUCCUCCUUCACCACUAGGAAAAGAGUGCCUUUUGUGUUUUCCCCCUGCUGCAGAGGGGGGAGUGCGUUUACCGGCGUCCCCUGAGGGAGAAGGCAAGAAGUCUCCUCCAAUCAGCCGUUAGAGCUUCCUCUGAUCUUGUGGGGCUGCUGAUGGACAUUUAUCACUGACCUGAGACAGGCACUGCUCACCACUCCAACCACCUGGAAUGUUCUUAGUGCUUUUACAUACUCGUUAUUAUAAAAUUAUACUUUAAUGUGGACACUCCAAUCAGCUUGACAAGAAGAGGAAGGAAGGAAUAGCUGGACAUGCUGGAUUGUUGUUCUUGCUGCAGAGUGAUGAUGGACUAACUUUUACAUGUGCAUUUUUCCACCUGAAGACUAUUUUUCUUAAAGCCAAUAUUUAUCAUGCCAUGUUUUUCAUCCUAACUAUGUAAGGCUGACACAUCCAGAUAGAUAUACGGCAGUAGAUAAAGGGAAAGGGAGACAGUUGGUGCACACCUAACUGCUGAACGCGUCUGGUACCUCGCUGCAGCCCGCUCUCCAGAGUUUGACUAUUAGGGUUGUUAUCGAGCUUCUAAUUGUGCAGAGAUAGCUUUCUUCUUGGUGUGUAGCCGAUGUGUGGAGCUGGAGUUUUGGGAAUUACUGGCUUAAAGCAAAAAGGAAACAGGUGCUGUGGAGCCUUGAACGAGGAUUAGCUUGUGAAACCUCGUAGAUGGACCUUUCAGACAAGACUAUCCAGCUGCGGCCCCUCGCUCGAGAAUUGAAGAAAAAGAUGACGAUAUAACCAACAUGAUGAGACUGAUAGCGUCAGGAAGAAGACAGGAGAGGAACUUGCAAGACUGAGAUCAGUUCUCUGAGAACUGGAUAAAGUGAGGUCUCUAGGACGUCUGUCAGUAUUGACAAAUGUGUUUGAAGAAUUUCGAGAAAGAAAAAACUCUCUUAAAUACGUCAGCAAAUUGAAUUGAUCCAUGAGCUGCUUUUCAUUGAUUUUCUCUGGACAUCCAGGAGUCUUGUCUGAUUAUUGCUCAAGAGGUCUCUAAUCUAAACAUAAUCCAUCACUAGUUUUGCAAUAAAGCACUUUGAGUGCUGAGUAUGCCACAUCUGAGGACUAAUGGAUGGACAGGAUUAGAUUAUUGCUGAGAUUCACCACGUGCAUUUGUAGUGACAGUUAAUUUAAAUGUCUUGUAUUGUUUUUAGGAAAUAUAGUGAGGUGUGUUUGUAAGUAGAAAGGCUUGUAGCUCAAAUGAUUGAGUGUUUUCACCCAUCCUGACAAAUCUGAAAGUUUGUAUUUACCUUAUCUUCACUGCACAGUAAGGGCUUACAGCUUCUGACUAAUGGUGUCAUGGGCACAACCUGGCACAAAGCUCUCAAUCCCACCUGUGCCCUCAAGGAGUUUCAGUGCAGUUGCAUCAAGAAAUACCUCUAACCAUGCACUGAUCCUAAGUAAAUGACCAGAGCAGAAGAGUGUGUUGACAGGGCUUUAAGCAGAGACACGUUAUCUCAGUAGCCACACUCAGCCAACCUGGAGAGCACAUAGCAAAGCAGGAGGGAAGGACAACAUGGGACUGAGGGGUGAAAGGCAACUGAGGCAAGCUGCUAGAUGCUCUCAUUGUCUGAAUGUGUAGCACUGCCAGAGUGGGGUAGUUCAGCCACACUUGGUGUCUUCUAGGAGAAACUGCUUGAUGCUGCAGAUCUAGACCCACAUGAGUCAGAGUAGCUGGUUACAGCAGGGGUUCUGCACCAUUGGAUUUGACUGAAUGAAGCACUGAGAUGUCUAAAAUUGGUGCCUGAUUGAUUAAUGAAGCACAAACCUGCAGGACAAUUAGAAUGUGAAGGGAGAUUGCUCAAUACGCACACAAACGUCAGUGAAUUUGAACCUCUAAUGGAAAAUAGCUGCAAAUAAAACGAAUUGUGGAUGACUAACGUUUGAACCGUGAGCACAACAAAAGACAGCGGAUCAGUGACGCAGCCAAUUAAACUGUGCCGUUCCCUGUCGUGGAUGAGCUGCAUGUCACUCUGAGGAGGACACACAACCCCCUGCGAAUGAGGGUGGGGCUCUCCCACUGCCACAGACAAAGAAUACUGCCUUAAGAACCGAUCUUCUGUUGGUGGACCAGCAGAGUGCAUCAUCCCCUGCCAACAGUCGCCAUGGGGUGCAACAUGUGUGUGGUUCAAAAGCCCGAGGAGCAAUACAGGGUGAUGUUCCAGAGGGGUCAUGUAGGCAACAUGCUGUGCUCUUUUGACGCCGACGGUCGAUUAAAGGUGAAUGCAAAAGGGCUCUCUCGCCUUUCUGGAGAUCCCACGCUGGACAUACGAGACCCCAGGCUGUCCAACAUCCUGAAGCGGGGGGCUCGAAGACGGGCGGGCCCAGCUGGAGCCCCUGGAGGGCAGGUGCCAGUGACCAUGGGCAUGGCCGACUGCGUGGACAGCUGCACCCAAACAGACAUCAGCUUUCAGCAUAUGUUGACUCUGGGCAGGAGCAGAGAGCAUCCCUGCGGAGCUCCACCCCCACCCGACCCUCCUCCUUCCCCUCCACUGCCCCCUCUGCCAGAGCCAUAUCUGUUCAACGAACUCUUCUCAGAACCUGUGUACUAUGACCCCACUGACUACUUUGACAUCAGUCAGCAUGAAGUGGACAGGAACGAUGAGCUAGAAUAUGAGGAGGUGGAGCUGUACAAGUCUCGUCAGCAGGAUAAACUGGGUCUGACGGUGUGUUACAGAACUGAUGAUGAGGAGGACCUUGGGAUCUAUGUGGGAGAGGUGAACCCAAACAGCAUUGCUGCGAUGAAUGGACGCAUCCGUAAGGGAGACCGAAUACUACAGAUAAAUGGAGUGGACAUCCAGAACAGAGAGGAGGCGGUAGCUAUUCUCACCCGAGAGGACAGUACAAAUGUGUCCCUGCUUCUCGCAAGGCCUGACAUAGAGAAUGAAAACCAACUGGAUCCAGACGAGCUGGAACUGGAGCCUCUGGACAACACUGUUCAUCUGAGCAGCAGUCCCAGACUGGGGAGCAUUCCCUCUGUUCCCGGUGCAGGACAAAUCAGUGCUGCAAUCGGAGGUGUGCUUUCCAGUCACAGUCACUCUCACUCGAUCAGGGAUUCUCCUGAUUUGCUCCAGACAGUUCUAAGUAAUAGCCAGGAGUUGGAUAGCGGGGUUGGCCGUACAGAUGAAAGCACACGUUAUGAGGAGUCAUCAGAACACGAUCUCCUAGGGGAUGACCACACCAGUGCCUCCAACACAAACACAACCAACACACCUGGCAGCAUGAGAAAGUUCUUGUCUGGCAGAGGGGACACCCCACCCUUGCUACACUCCCAAGACUUCCAGUUCAGCACAGACUCUCUCUUAGGACUGGACUGUUUUAAUGGAGGAGGAGGCCUAGAACUGGUGGAUCGGUUGGAGAGGACCUACAUGGCCGAUCCGAUGAGGAUCAUGAUGCCUGGGCUGACUGAAGAAGAGUGCGAGCGGUACAAAGAGCUCCUGGAGAUCAAGUGCUUCUAUGAGAAGAGCAGUCAGGGGGUGGCACAAGAGGAAGGGGAUGUUGCACUGGAUGAGAAUAGGAAUGAGAGUCUGACACAACACGAGAUGGUCCUUAUAGAAGAGGAACUGCGGCAUCUGGAGUUCAAGUGUCGUAACAUCUUGAGGGCACAGAAGAUGCAGCAGUUGAGGGAACGUUGUAUGAAGGUUUGGCCUCAUGAAGACAAAAAUGGAGCAAGUACAGGGGCUUUACUAGGAGCUGGGCGCUUGGAAGCAAAUGGUUGUUUAGUGAGUGAGGAGUCCUGUCACCAGGCUUUGUCAGACAUCAACGAGCUUCCUGAGAGAGAGCGGUCUGAUAAAGACAGCACGAGUGCCUACAACACUGGAGGAGAAAGUUGUAGGAGCACACCUCUGGUCAGUGAACAGUACCCUUCGCUCUCAACUCAGAGUCUGGAAGGAGGGGAGUCUGCUCUUCCAUCCUCCACCAGGCAAAAAGAGAGAUGGGAUGGGAUCCAAGCAAACUUAAAUCAACCAUACUCUCCGCAAGCUCACAGGAGAGGAACCGAAGCAAAGACAUCCAGUCCAGGGGCAAAGGUUAGGUCUCUGUCCCGGGAUGUAGGAAGCAGGAGGGGCUCCGAUGGGGGAGUGAGACGCAACCCCAGAACCAAUGGGACAGUUGAGAGAGCUGGUGGACGCAGUGCAGAAAACAGUCCAUAUCUGUCCCGCCGUCAGACAGACUCAAACCCCCCCCAGCAUUACCUGAGCUGCAUGCAGCUGAGGACCCCCUCGGCGUCUGAGCACCUGGGUGGACUCAGGAAUCCCCCAAAAGAGGACACCAUAGAGAUAGGAGAUGAUGCAAGUCCAAUGACUUUAGGCAGCACAUGUAAAGACACUCCCCAGAUUCCAGGAAGCGUGUCGUCAGCAUUGUCCCCUCCACUGCUGCCGGCCUCCCCUCGAAUGGAGUGGAAAGUGAAGAUCCGCAGCGACGGCUCACGCUAUGUGGCCAAACGACCUGUGAGAGAUCGCCUCCUGAAGGCGCGUGCCAUGAAGAUCCGGGAGGAGCGCAGCGGAAUGACGACAGACGACGAUGCUGUGAGUGAAAUGAAGAUGGGCCGCUAUUGGAGCAAAGAGGAGCGGAAGCAGCAGCUGCUAAAAGCCCGAGAGCAGCGGCGGCGCAGGGAGUACAUGAUGCAGAGCCGUCUUGUCUGCCUGAGGGAGCGUGAGAGGGAGCAGGGUAGCGGAGGAGGUGGAGGAGGGGAACAGGGGGCGACGCAGCAGCAGGAAUCAACGUCCAUCCUGGAGCUCUGCCACCGCAGGAGCAUGAAGAAGCGUAGUCGAAGAAUCCUGGACAACUGGAUCACUAUACAAGAGCUGCUGGCGCAUGGGAGCAGGUCUGCAGAUGGGAAGAAAGUCUACAAUCCCCUGCUGUCUGUUACCACUGUCUGAGAUUAGACGGACAACGGAGACUUUUAAAGAUCACAUAAUUUGGCCCAAAUAAUAAAGAGAAAACAUCUUGUGCUUUUACCAGAAACUUCAAGAAUCUUCCAAAAGCACAAGAAAAUGCAUACCAUAUAUACACGGUGAGCAUAAAUAUCCAUUCUAAGUACAGCUUCUUCAAAGUAUCCUGUAGCAAUUCCAGUCCUAAAGACAAAGGGAAAAAGCACAGAUUUGCAUUCACUAAAACAUAUUUACAUUAAGUGAAAUAAUGCUACAUACCAAGAUCACACCAGCUACUCUUAAAAAGCUCACAAAUAAAAAAGCAAUGUUUACAGGUCUUGAAUACCUUUUUAUAAUUAAUGGAAAACGGGGCCAAGAACAAUGCAGCUGUGAAAGAAAACAAACACAAAAAAAAAUCACUUGUGUGCCAUAAAAACUGGACAAUUAGUGUCCAAGUAGGACUUUUCAUAAAUCACCUUUUCUGCUUGCUGCAUCUUUUGUAAUAUUUUUUGCAAUGUUCAUGUACAAUUUGUGAAAGUUUUGUUUUUCCAUUAUCUAAGCACAGACGUCUCUUUGACACGAGGAGCUGACCGUGCCUUUCUUACAGGCAGAACUGACAGUAUAGCACAAAAAAGGCUGGACCAAUUCACUUUUUUCAUUAAAUCAAUGCAAAAUGCCUCUAUAAAAAAGCUAUAGGUCACAGGUGUUGUUGACCUUUAACAAGCACAGAUUAGAUGUUAUUAUCCUCACCUGAAGAAUAGAUUAGGCUGUUUGGAUUAACAUACACACCUAGACUCAUACUUAUUCCACCUUCCAAAGAAGAGGGAGCUGGUGGACCCCCAGUUGUAGCCCUUAUUUCAGCUGGCUGACAAGUUAAUGACAAAUGUUCUGCACAAGUAUUCAUACAUCCUGAUCUUUUCCACAUUUUGUCACCACGACGAACGUCUGUCUCUACCAACUCUGCAUAUCUAGAGACUCAAAUCUGAGCCUUUUCUUCAACAAAACAGUUCAAACUCAGAUUUUGUGGAAAGGACCUGUGAUCUUGCAACAGGUUUCCAAUUGGAUUUGUGUUUUUAUAGGUCACAUGAAAACAUGUGCAACCAUUACAUUUCUAACAAAACGCAUCUUCACACCACGACACAGCCAACACCAUGUGUUACUGUGUGAGGAUGCGCAGUGUUAAAUUUGAUGCCACACUUUUCAAUGUAAACCCUAAAGUUACAUUUUGGUCUCAACUUACCAUGUGUCUGCUGUAUCCCCUCCGCUGCAAACAGGACUUUUUAGUGGCUUUCUUCCCACCACUCUUCCAUAAAGCCUUGAUGCCUGAGGUUGUUCCUGUGAACAGAUUCUCUCAACUGAGCCGUGAAUCUCUGCAGCUCUUCCAGUGUCACCCAUGGGUCUCUAUAUUGCUUCUCUGAUUAGUGACUGCCUUGUGAAGCCUGUCAGUUUAGGUGUACGGCCAUGAUAUGUUUGCAGCUGUGCCAAUUUUUGAAUGAUGGAUUGUGGUCUGUGGGACUGCCUUUUCAUAACCCAUCUUUGUUUUAAACUUCUCCACAACUUUAUCCAUUACCUGUCUGCUGUAUGUCUUGGUCUAAAUUAUGUUGUCUACUAAUGUUCUCUAACAAACCUUUGAGGCCCUCACAGAACAGCUGGAUUUACACCAAGUUUAAAUACCAGAUGGCUGAACACUAAAUGUCAAAGUAAAAUCAGAAAAAAGUGACGUUUAUUAAUGGGAAAACCUUCCUCUUCUAAACUGUGCACUAAUAUGUGAUGGAUAUUGAGUUAAAUUUCAUUAAAAACGCACUGAUGUAAAGUGAUAAAUGGUUAAAAAAAAGAAAGGGGUAUGAAUACUUGUGCAAGGCACGGUAUAUUCCCUCCCUGAUGAUUUUACAGUUCUCUACUCCCACAAACCAGUAUAGUAUUGUUUAAGACUGUGACCAGGUCUAUCAAUGGAUACUUCAAAACACAAUUUCUGCUGCUGUAUCUGCCGUUUUCUGAAUCUUGCUCCUACUAUAUGGAGUAACUUCGCUAUUAUACCCAGAUAAAUGCUGCUUUUCCAUUAGACUCAUGCAUGUUUGAUACAGAGAUGACUUUCUCCCCCAUAUGCUCCAAUAUUGAAGGCUUUUACUCUAAUUGUGUAUGUAUUUCUAUGACUUUGCUAAAACCAUAGCAUAGAGAAAAGAACAAAACCCAGUGUAAUUGUUAAAUGUUGUGAUGUGUCUGCAAUUUUAAAGCUUUUAUAAAUAAAUGCUGCGAACAUGAA